AUGGAAAUUGCUCUUUCUGCCGCUGCUACUGCUCUUGCAAUAGAGGUACUUGACGACAGUGUGGAGCAAGAUAACGAUUGUGAUGACUUUGUUGUGGAAAUGAUGGAACUUGGAGUUAUUUUGUGGGCUAGAGACGAACCUAAAGCUCGAAUUCGUGGAUACGUGGAAAAGGCAGUCUCCAUGUAUCUAGACAACGACUUCCGGAAACACUUUCGACUUACUCGGUCGGUCUUUGACGUACUUUUGGCAAAAGUGUGCACGUGGGGAGACGUGUGCUCAAAUCUAAUGAGAGGAGGUAGACGCCCAAUCUCUCUUGACAAGCGUUUGCUGAUUAUCCUAUGGUACCUUGGAAGCGAUGAGAGCUUCAGGCAAAUUGCGGACAGGUUUGGUGUAUCUGAACCGUCUGCGCAUUCCACUGUUAGGAGGAUAUGUGCAGGAUUUUUGUUGCAUCUCAGAAAAGUUGUAAUAAAGUGGCCAUGCGGAAUGAGAUUUAAUGAAGUAAAGACAGGCUUUAAAGGUAUGAAAGGAUUUCCAAACGUUACAGGAGCAAUUGAUGGUUGCCACAUCGCUAUUAAACCUCCAAGCGACGAUCGGGAUAGCUAUAUCAACAGGAAAAAUUUCCCAUCAUUACUUCUACAGGCAGUGUGCGAUCACCAGAUGUGCUUUGUAGACUGUUACUGUGGAUGGCCAGAAAGUGUACAUGAUGCAAGAGUACUAAGAAAUUCUGAUUUGUUUAAUUAA